AAGACCAAUGCUGAAUGGGGCUAUGUUCAUCCAGCGGCCGAAGGAAGUUUUCGGUGGUAUUAAUUACAGAUAUCUGGUUAUGAUGGCUUUGAAGUUCAUGAAAAAGGCUGUUUUCUGUAAAUACUCCUUUUGAUGAUCGUAGAAGCGGCAACCAUGAGUGGCGGAUUGGCCCCUAGUAAAAGUACAGUUUAUGUUUCCAACCUGCCGUUCUCUCUUACAAAUAAUGAUUUGCACAAAAUAUUUGAAAAGUAUGGAAGGGUUAUCAAGGUUACAAUCAUGAAAGAUAAAGUAACACGGAAAAGUAAGGGUGUCGCAUUUGUACUAUUCCUGAAACGAGAGGAUGCACAGACAUGUGCGAAAGCCAUAAAUGGACGAGAGAUGUUCGGACGUACACUCAGAAGCAAUCUGGCUAUUGAUAAUGGGAGAAGUGCGGAGUUUAUACGUCGCAAAUCCUAUCCCGAUAAAUCACGAUGCUAUGAAUGUGGUGAAGAUGGCCACUUGAGCUAUAAAUGUCCAAAGAAUGCACUAGGUGAAAGAGACCCUCCUCCUAAGAAGGAUAAAAGGAGGAAGAAGGAAAAUUCUAAAGCUGAAAAAAAUCAGUUGCAGGAUGAAGAUUUUGGGAGUUCAGAUGAUGACUGCUGGUUGCCAAGCAAUCACAGCAGAUAUAAAAAGAAGAGAGCAAUCAGAGAGGAAGAGGAACCAGAUGAAGAAGUAGAACCUGACAUGGAAACCCUCAGUGCAGUAAUAAAACUGGAGCAAGAGCAGGUGGAGUUGGACCAGUACCGGUACAAAGUUGCAACAGGGGACUAUGAAGACCCAGAUGCCACAACCACAGAGCCCAAAAAACGAAUCCGACCAAGCAGCUAUUUUAGUGAUGAAGAGGAUGUUAGUGAUUGACUGUGAUGUGUGGAAAUAUGUCAAGACUCGUAACAUUUUGUAACAUAUUAUGAUGAAAUGUAAAUAUGAUAUAUGUAAGAGAUUUAUUUCACAAUUUAUUUAUUAUGGAUCAGAAUCUAAAGUGAACUAGAAGGGGUAGACGCAACAUGUUUGGGAAGUUUCCUAUGACAGAUGCAGGAAGUACUCCUGGCUAUAAAUUUUGUCUGCUAAGAAAGUUAAGUGAGAAGUUAAAUGUUUAUCAUUAUAACUUUGUACAUUCCUGAUGCUCAUAAGUGUUCUUUCUUAUCUGUUAAAAAAAAAAGAACUCUGUGGCCUGUAGUCCACAAGCGAACUAUACUGACCGAGCGACAGCCAUCUGUUGG